AUGGAUCAAAUAUAUAAUGGGGAUAGUUCUAUGAAAAUUACUAGAAACAGUAGCCUCAAAUAGCAUAAAUAGACUACGUCAACAAUUAAACCAGAAUUUAUUGAUAACAACCUGUCUGAUACUCAACAAAGUAUUAUGAUUGAGAUACAAUCACAAGUGCAAUAAAAGAUUCACCCAAGUCAGUUUGUUUUUUAGAUGGCUGAAAAAAUCAGCACUGAACCAGAUUAAAAGAUUGUAGAGGAAUUACAAAGAAAGAAAUAGAUUACUCUUGCAUAUCAAGCAAUUGAUGAAGUAUAGGCAUUUGUGUAAAUACAAAUGGACUUCAUAGCAAAAAUGUACAUCCAAUUUAUUAGGCCUUACGAUAUGAAGAUUUUAAGUUACGAUCUGUAGAAAUUAGUCAUAGACCUCAUAAUUUGCAAUGAGGUGCAGAAUAUUAUUCUAUUUCUGUUGCGUAUUGACAACUUUGAUGCUGACAAAGAUAUGAGAAAUAAGUAUCUCUUGCUUAAAGGGAUUAAGACGACAGACUUUGGAAUAGAUAAAUACUUGAAUAUGAGUGAUCCUAUUACACUAAUUGAAGAAUUUUCUAAAUAAUCUGGGAUUGAAAUCUAAACAGAAAGGGAUCUAAUUAUGAAUCCUACAGUGUAAAACAUUGAAAUAGAAGAAAUACAUAAUCUAGAGUUCAAGGAAUACUUUAAGAAUAAUAUGGAUAAUAUCAAGAAACUGCCGCCAUAAAUCUAAAAGCUGAUGCUUGAAAAGUCUAAAAUAAAGCCAUUCAAGAAAUCAGUUUAACUAUUUAGAGUUAUCAUGCAGAAUUCCUGCUCUCCACUCUAGAAAAUGUUUCAGAUAUAGGAUCUUCUAAAUUGGUAAAUUCCGAAUGAAGUUAGGGAAUACUGGAAGGAUACUAUUAAAGAUGAAUAAAAACUAGCAAUAAAUCGCGAUGAAUACACAUCAAUUAUGUUAUUCAUUAUAGUGAAGGCAUAAGUUCCUGAUCUUAUUACCUAACUCAAAUUUAUCAAAGAAUUCACUAGUGAGGACAUCUAGGAUCAUGAGCAGAAUUUCCAGAUAUGCGAUACUUUUGUUAAAUUUACUAGUCCAAUCAAUUGGAUCUGCUCCUUGGAAGCUUCUAAACUUUAGGAUAAAUCCUACCUACUUCAAGCUAAUGUUUAAAUAAAGGAAGAAGAGGCAGUACGAUAUGAUAGAAUUAGAUUCUAGGAUGAAGGCGACAAGUAUGAUCCAUUUUCUGUGGGUGGUGGCAGUAUUUUAGAAGUUAAUUCCUAUCUUGAUAGGAAAUCUAUUAUUGGAUUCACAAAUUUUGAAUGA